AUGGGCCAGCGGCUGAAGACAUUGAAAGAGUGGAUUACACACACCGAGAACUCGGACUUGACACCGGCGCAGAAUGAGGAAUGGUCGAAUUUAAUCGAAGGCGUGGCUCUCGCACUCGUCCCGUUCAUCAGAACCCGCCAUUCUCAUGGCACGGGAGGUUUGAAGAAGCUGCGAGAUAGUUUCGUCCCGGGUUCAAAGGGGCUGGUUGUGACAACCGGCAAGCAGCGGUUCCGCUACGCCUGCCACCUGGUGACAAGCUUGCGACAUGUCCUGCAGUCCCAGCUACCAAUUCAGAUUGCAUAUUCGGGAGAGGAAGAUCUGCCGCGCGAAUAUCGGGACUUUAUCACGUCCUUGGCGUCCAAUGUGUCAACUUUUGAUGUGACAGCGAUCUUUGACGAUGACAUUCUGGACUUGCCACAUGGCGGCUGGGCGGUCAAAGCGUUUGCCCUUCUAGGAAGCACGUUCGAACAAGUCAUUCUGCUCGAUGCCGACGAUUUCUUCCUUCAGCAGCCAGAUGUAAUCUUUGACGAAGAUCCCCGGUACAACGAAACGGGGACCAUGCUCUUUCAUGACCGACUGCUCUGGCAAGGAGCCUAUCCGGAACGACAUGCUUGGUGGGAACAGCAACUUGCAGGGAUGGGACUCAGUGAGACGACCAAGCAGUCGAAAGUGUACAUUGAAAGCUACGCCGAGGAGUGCGACUCUGGGGUGGUCGCCGCUGACAAGUCACGUCUGGAUGUUUUCAUUGGUCUUCUUCACAUCGCCUGGCAGAACACGAGAGACGUGCGCGAUUCCUAUACUUACCGGCAAGGACACGGUGACAAGGAGAGCUGGUGGUUCGGCUUCGAACUUACCGGCACCGCUUACUCCAUGGAGUAG